UCGCGAGCCUCCGCCCCACACUUCCAUCCCCGCGAUCCUCGGCUCCCAGCUCCCCGGGCCCCGGUGGGGCUCCGCGCUGCCCGGGCCGGAGCGUCCGCGACAGUCCCAGAGCGCCAGGCCGCCCGAGGUCCCGCUGCCCGGCCGGGGCGGAGCCAAGGACGCGAGGCCUUCCCGCUUCCUGCCGGAGCCGCGGGCCCGCCCCGGCGUCCUCUGCCCGCCUCUUUCCCGCCGCCGCCUUGGAGGGGACCUGAUAAGCGCGGCUCUGUGCCUGGCGUGGUUAGGGCGGAAGGGCUUUGAGGAGGCUGAACUGGGGUGAGGAUGGGCCAGGUGCCCUGUGAUGAAAAUGCGUGACUCCAGUCUUCACAGCCUUACACGGGACAUGGAUGAAUCUGGAAAACAUCAUCCUCAGCAAACUGACACGAGCAGAAAAUGAAACACCGCAUAUUCUCACUCAUAGGACUGCCAGGCACUCAGCUGUGCCCACAUGGAUGGGACAGAGACCCGGCAGCGGAGGCUGGACAGCAGUGGCAAGCCAGGGGAGCUGGGGCUUCCUCACCCGCUCAGCACAGGAGGACUCCCUGCAGCCUCAGAAGAUGAAGCUCUCAGGGCCCCUGAGAGCCAAAGUGUAGCCCCCAAGCCACUGGAGACUGAGCCUAGCAAGGAGACCGCCUGGUCCAUCGGCCUUCAGGUGACCAUGCCCUUCAUGUUUGCAGGCCUGGGGCUGUCCUGGGCCGGAAUGCUUCUGGACUAUUUCCAGGGCAAGAAGCUGCGAGGCUUCAGCUGUGAGCUCACCAGGUCCUCACAUGGGGUCUUGCCUGAGUCUUUCUUCACCAUCAUGUGCCAGGUCGUGGUGCCCAUUCUGCUGUCUGGCUUGGGCAUGAUGAUGGCCGGCCUGGUGAUGAACACCAUCCAACACUGGCCUGUGUUUGUGGAGGUGAAAGACCUUUUGACGUUGGUGCCACCCCUGGUGGGCCUGAAGGGGAACCUGGAGAUGACACUGGCGUCCAGACUCUCCACAGCUGCCAACACUGGACAAAUCGAUGACCCCCAGGAGCAACACAGAGUCAUCAGCAGCAACCUGGCCCUCAUCCAGUUGCAGGCCACUGUCGUGGGGCUCCUGGCUGCUGUGGCUGCACUGCUGUUGGGCACGGUGUCCAGAGAAGAGGUGGACAUCGCCAAGGUGGAGUUGCUGUGUGCCAGCAGUGUCCUCACUGCCUUCCUUGCAGCCUUUGCCCUGGGGGUGCUGAUGGUCUGUAUAGUGAUUGGUGCUCGAAAGCUCGGGGUCAACCCAGACAACAUUGCCACACCCAUUGCAGCCAGCCUCGGAGACCUCAUCACACUGUCCAUUCUGGCUUUGGUUAGCAGCUUCUUCUAUAGACACAAAGAGAAUCAAUAUCUGACACCGCUGGUCUGCCUCAGCUUCGCGGCUCUGACCCCACUGUGGAUCCUCAUUGCCAAGCAGAGCCCACCUAUUGUGAAGAUCCUGAAGUUUGGCUGGUUCCCAAUCAUCCUGGCCAUGGUCAUCAGCAGUUUUGGAGGGCUCAUCUUGAGCAAAACCAUUGCUAAACAGCAAUACAAAGGCAUGGCAGUAUUUACCCCUGUCAUAAGUGGUGUUGGUGGCAAUCUGGUGGCCGUUCAGACCAGCCGAAUCUCAACCUACCUCCACAUGUGGAGCACACCUGGUGUCCUGCCCCUCCAGAUGAAAAAACUCUGGCCCAACCCUUGUUCUACUUUCUGCACAUCAGAAAUCAAUUCCAUGUCAGCUCGAGUCCUGCUCUUGCUGGUGGUCCCAGGCCAUCUGAUUUUCUUCUACAUUAUCUACUUGGUGGAGGGUCAGUCGGUCACAAACAGCCAGACCUUUGUGGUGCUCUACCUGCUGGCAGGCCUAAUCCAGGUGGCAAUCCUGCUGUACCUGGCAGAAGUGAUGGUUCGGCUGACUUGGCACCAGGCCCAGGAUCCUGAUAACCACUGCAUCCCCUACCUCACAGGGCUGGGGGACCUGCUCGGGACUGGCCUCCUGGCACUCUGCUUCUUCGCCGACUGGCUACUGAGGAGCAAAGCAGAACUGGGUGACAUCUCAGAACUGGCUUCCGGACCUCCCUAACUGGGCCUCGCUAGGCCCAUUUGCUCAUUAGAAUUUUCUCCCACAACAGUGGGGUACAGAAUUCAGUUUCUCCCUUGCCAGGUCCUUGGGAUGAUUGACCCCGCCCCUGCCGUAGCCUUUUGUGAGUCUGCUAAGGUAGCUCACAUAUACCUCAGUUCUGGCCGUGGUACCUGAGCCCAUGAUAGAGCCCUGAAAUCAAGAGCGUGGCUUGAGUGUGUGAAUAUGGUGUGUGUACAUGCUUGUGAGCAUGCGAGUGUGCAUGCGUUUAUGGAGAGGAGGGUCUCUUGCCUGAGAAGCUAAAGAAGAGGCAUGUCCAAUGUGCUUUGCGGGGUGUGUUUGCUCUUUUCCAUGCCCAUGCCACCCAGAUUGGGAUGGACCAGGAAGGAGCUCCUUUCUGUUCCCCAGCCUCAGGGUUUGAGCUGUGGCUUACUUGCUGUCUUUACCAGCCAGGUUCAAGCUCCGCAGGCCACUCUGUUGCUAUGCCGAGAAUGUAUACAGCCUCCCAGGAUGGGGCCCUGUACAACCCUUCAUCUGCUGUCAACAUUUAAUCUUGUCCUUGCUGUUUUUUUAUUUUCCUUUUUGUUUAUUAGCAAACACCUCUGUUGAGAUUUCAAUAAUCAGAGAAGUGUAAAAUAAAACUGAUUAUAUUGUACUUGA